AUGGCCGCCAGAGUUUCUCGAAGCCUGUCACAGGUCAAUCGCCGUGUUUUUGCUGCGCUGUCAUUCCGCGCGAUACCUCGCAUUGCGAAUGCCACUGCUCGCGCUGGCUUAUUGGCACAUCGCAAUACCAGGAGCCUGGCCCCUUGGACCUGCCGCGUAACACAGGCCAAUGUCGCGCGAUAUUCCCAUACAGAUUCUGCCUCAUCAAGCCACCCAUACGCUUCCAUUCCGGACGCGACCGCUUACAAGGGGUCGAGUAUCACGGAGAAACAUUGGAUGAGCAAGGACAUGGCAGUUGUGGACGCUUUAAUUGAACCGAAAGCUAUCUUGCAAUUCUUCCAAUUCACGACAUCUGGUGUUCUACCUAACGGGAAGAAGACCGAUUUAGCUUUACUCACUGAAGAUGAAGUCCCUCUGCUCGUGGCCCCGAGUUCAGAGUGGGCGCCUGCGCCGUUCAACAAGGACAGCCUUUCAACUAUGCAGAAAGCAAUAGAGCGGAUCACGAAUCAAGAGAACUUGAGUGGGGUGUGCAAGAUUGGGCACAAUAUUCACUUCCUCAAAAGUCGCCUCUGGGGAGGCCUUCCCCCUGUGCCCGCCUCGCGCUGGCGAGAAAAGGAUCUCAACAACCCGGACCAUUUCGCCAUCGCCCAUGAAUACCUGACCUCCGUCAUUGCCGUCUUUGAGUACUUGAAUAUCCCCCAGAUCCGAACUAACAUGUGCGAUACCUUCAACAAAAUAUCUGGUGAUUUCGGAGAAUUACAGGACGCCUUGAAUGCACGGCGCAAGGUCCAAGGCAGCCUAGCUAAAGAGAAGAUUGACCUUACGGCUCUCUGGGAACAAUUCAUUCGCGCACAGUAUGAAGUCAUGACCAGCACCGCACACUCCUGGGUCCUGGCCCGUGUUGCCGAAUUACGUGAACAGACAAUGGGCAGUUUCAAUGCGAUCUGGGCUGACAAUCCAGAAGGCCCAGAAAUGCAAAUUUUCUCGAAGCGAUGGUUCGACCUCAUUAGUGUCACCUCGAUGGCAGACUUUAACAUAUGGAUACAUAUGGACGGUUACAGGGGCUACCAUCCGCCCUCUGAGAUUGUCGCUGGGCUUCACAAUCCCGACCUAAAAGACCAAGACAAGAACUACGGGUUCUCCAAGCUUCUAUCUGAGCGACUCGAACAAUGUAUCAUUGCUCAGAACGAGGCUGCGAAGGUUCAGGGUCCAAGCGCGACGCAGAGUGACGCAGCCCGCCUCGAGCGUCUUUCUCUUAGUACAGUAGUGCAGGAUGAACUGCGUGAAAAGAUACGCGGCCGAGUACCAUCGCCAAAGCCAGCUGUACAGCCCUGGAUCCAGCAACUCCUUCGGGUGCAGGAGAUGAUGCAGCAGGGGCAGGAGAGUGACUAUGGCUUCGGAUUAGCGAUCUACCGCGCAGCGCACAAAUUAUCCGAUGAACAGUGGGAAAGCGUACAGCGGGAGGUGGAAGCUCACUUAAUGUCAUGGAGUGAUGACAUCCAGCGUGCUGACGAGCUCAGACCACUAUUUAAACUGCAUUGGUUCGACUGCAAGGAACUAGGCUUUGACGCAACCAAGCCUGUAUCAGCAGCAAGAAGUCAUUUCCAACAGAUCCGGUCCUCGGACGAGUGGAGCCAUAAAAUAGCACCAUCUCUUUUCCUUCUCAUCGAUCACUUCAAUGUAGCCUCAUAUGUCGACCAUGAAUAUCGCGCCUCUUUCACGAAAGACAAAGGCUUCCUCAAAGGUGACUUUCAAGGUCAUGUACUUGCUGUCGACGCCGACUUCGAUGACAGUGCCACUAAAAAUGAGAGCGCAGACGGCAUGGCCAAUGAAGGCCCCCAGGAAGAUGGCCCUGAGUACCCGGGUCAGAUGCGCAUCCUGGGGAACCUAGUCUGGAGCGAGCUCUAUCCUAUGAUGAUGCUGCAGUCUGUGAGACUUCUGAAUUUCUGGCUGCAGGCACGGGAGCAUCCGUGGAAGGCAUAUACGGGGCCCACAGUGCCGAGUCAAAUUGAGCAAUGGGAGGAGCGGAAUGCCAUCAAGGCAUAUAUGAUGGAUGGCUUUAUGGAGUUUUUAAAGCAGAAAGACCCCACCUUAGCAGAAAAGGUAAAGGAGUAUAGGAAGGAUGGGGUCCUUUAG